GUUGCACAUCAAAUAUCCCGAUGCGUUAAAAGGGAAGCCUGCUCGCAUGAUUGCUCUGGGGAAAGACAAUCUCCAGGUAGGAAGGCUUCUGGAUGUUCAUGUUGCUUCUCAGGUUAUAUCUGACUUUGACUGGACUGUGUCGAAGUUCGUUCACAAAGGUGAGCCUACCUCCACGUCUUACGGAAUCUUUGAGCUGUCUCCCGAUAUGACAUCGGAAACACAGAACCAGAUACGUACUUUACAUCAGACCUAUGAACCGGUUGAAAAAGAUGCGACUAUUCCAGUUUCCACAAAGAGUCCGCUUAUGCUGGAGUGGUGGGACUUAUGGCACAAAGCGAUCAUCAUGUCAAAUAUACAUAAAGAUACGCUUAAAGCAACUGUAAACCAGUGCAACCUUGCCUUGAGGGACUACGUAAAAGACCUCAUGGUACAGUUGCACAAGGAAAAUGUUCCCAUACUGAUAUUUUCUGCUGGCAUUGGGAACGUUAUAGAACUUCUUCUGGAACGUUUUCACUUGUGCUUCGACAACGUUCGAGUAGUCUCCAACUUCAUGGACUUUAACGACGAGGACCUGUUGAUUGGAUUCCAAGAUCCUGUAAUACACACUUUCAACAAAACAGUUUUAAGUAUUUCUGACAGUGACUACAUCAAAAAGGUUUUGUCCAAACGCUCCUCAGUUAUUCUACUGGGCGAUUCCUCGGCCGAUCCAUCCAUUACGGACGGUAUUCUCGGAGAAGAUGUUGAUUCC